AUGGCCCGCGCCACCUCCAGUCCCCGCGCCCCGCUCCUCGGGGCCGCGCUGCUGCUGCUGCUGCUCCUGGGGACCUCAGGCCGGCAAGCGACAGGUGCGCCUGUGGCCUCGGAGCUGCGCUGCCAGUGUCUGCAAACAGUGCCAGGAGUGCACCCCAAGAGCAUCCAGAGUGUGAAGGUGUUGGCCCCAGGACCCCACUGCACCCAGCCUGAAGUCAUAGCCAUGCUGAAGGAUGGACGAGAGAUUUGUCUCAACCCGGAAUCUCCCAUGGUCCAGAAGAUCAUCCACAAGAUACUGAACAGAGGCAAGGAUGUCUGACCAGAGUAAAAGGAAACAAGUGGCUGGUUGCUAAACCGGAAGGAGAUUCUGAAAGGAAUCAGAAAGAGAAACAAAUAGCAACCGGACAUCUGAUGUGUCAUUUCUUAUGAGAG